CUUGAUUUUAGGGUCUCUUUUAUCCGUUCGUCAUCUCUUUUUAUAAAAUCCAAUUAUUAAUCACAUCUAUAUCUAUAUAUAUAUAUAUAUAUCUAAUCAUUUCACUUCCAUAACAACGCCAUUAUUCCACUCAACCAACAUCUAAAUUCUAUUCAGGUGGUUUUGCCUAUUUCAUUAAAAUGGAAGUUAUAGGGAGGUUAAGCCACUUUCUAUGCUCUGGCUGAUUCAUCACUGAGUUGGGUUUCAGAAAAUUUAGAAUUUGAGGUUACUCACAGAACAAGUGGCAUGGAAUUUGAAUUGGAUUGGACUAGACACAAGAAAUCGUCUGCUUUUGCAACUCAAGUGAUCAAUACUGCAAUUUCUUGGGCCCGUAAGAUACCUAUUACUGAAGGGUAUCAUGAAUUUUUGUAAUCAAGAUCUUACCAUUUUAAUUUGUUUCGUAUUCUUUUCUUCUAUUCGAGAAGAACCAAUUGAUCAACUCUGAAGAAUUUAAAAAUUUGCACUUAAAUAUGACUGAAUCUGUGUGUGGAGAGAUUGUCGUCGAAAACCCAAGUAUGCACAUCUCCAAAUUGGUCAGGAAGACAGGUUCCUGUUUACAUUCUCAAGUUGAUGCUGGUUUUGACAGCCCUGUAUUGCCUGGGCUACCUGAUGAUAUUGCGAAGUACUGUCUUGCCCUUGUUCCACGGUCAAACUUCCCAACAAUGGGCCGCGUGUCACGCAAAUGGAGGUCUUUUAUUAAGAGCAAGGAGUUUAUGAUUGUUAGGAAACUUGCUGGCGUGGUUGAAGAAUGGCUCUAUGUUUUGACUAAUGCUGAAGGAGAUGGGACCCAUUGGGAGGUUUUGGAUUGCCUGGGGAAUAUACGAUCAGUUCUCCCACCAAUGCCAGGCCCGUUAAAAUUAGGUUUUGGGGUUGUGGUUCUUAAUGGGAAGCUUAAUGUCAUUGCUGGAUAUUCGAUGGUUGAUGGUGUCGGGUCUGUUUCAUCCGAUGUGUACCAGUAUGAUUCUUGCCUUAACAGCUGGAGCAAGAUUGCAAAUAUGAAUGUGCCUCGCUAUGAUUUUGCUUGUGCAGAAGUAAAUGGCGUGGUUUACGCUGUUGGAGGUUAUGGGGUGAAUGGAGAGUCUCUUUCUUGUGCUGAGGCUUACGACCCUGAAUCUGACAAGUGGACAGUAAUUGAGUCUCUUCGCCGUCCACGUUGGGGUUGUUUCGCAUGCGGGUUCGAGGGUAAGCUUUAUGUUAUGGGCGGCCGGUCAAGUUUUACCAUCGGAAAUUCAAGGUUUGUUGACGUGUAUGACCCCAAAAAGCACACGUGGUGCGAGAUGAAAAACGGCUGUGUUAUGGUCACUGCUCAUGCUGUGGUCGGAAAGAAGCUUUUUUGUAUGGAAUGGAAGAACCAGAGAAAACUUGCUAUAUUUAACCCUAAAGAUAACUCGUGGAAGAUGGUGUCUGUGCCUGUGAUUGGGAGCUCUAGUAUCGGGUUUCGGUUUGGAAUAAUGGAAGAUAAGCUUCUGCUUUUCUCACUUGAAGAAGAGCAGGGAGGGUAUAACACACUAUUGUAUGACCCGAAUGCAACUCCUGGCUCAGAAUGGCAGACUUCAAAUGUUAAGCCAUCCGGUUUAUGCCUGUCUUGUGUCACAAUUAAGGCAUAGCAUGAUUGAUCAUAGUUCAUCCUUUUAGUUUGUGUUUUAAAACUGAUGUAUUCGAUUUUUCGUUGCAAGAAUUUGUUGUUGCGUUAGUGUAAUUGUGUGAGGAUCUAUUGUUUGCAAGAAUUACUAAUUUUUAAUAAGUUGUUGAAUUCCGAAA